AUGUUAAGAACCGUACUCUCUCGUGGUCUUCAGCAGGUUCGCUCUGCCUCAACUCCAGCAGGACUCAGAGAUGUUUCUCCCAAAUAUACUCAGCUCUUCAUCAACAAUGAGUUCGUGAACAGCGUUAGCGGAAAGACGUUCGAGACUUAUAAUCCUGCCACUGGCAAAUUGAUCACUAAUGUCCAAGAAGGAGACAAAGCUGAUGUUGAUAAGGCUGUUCAAGCUGCUGCACAAGCUUUCAGACUUGGUGCUCCAUGGCGUCGUAUGGAUGCUGCACAAAGAGGUGUCUUGCUCAAUAAGUUAGCUGAUCUAAUGGAGCGUGAUCGUGUUAUCCUUGCGUCUCUGGAAACCUUGGAUAAUGGUAAACCAUACAAUGUUGCUUACCAUGGUGACCUUGCUCUCUCAAUCGCUUGUCUCAGAUAUUACGCCGGAUGGGCUGAUAAGAAUCACGGUAAAACUAUUCCCGUAGCUGGUGACCACUUCACUUAUACCCGCCACGAACCAGUUGGAGUCUGCGGUCAAAUCAUUCCAUGGAACUUCCCUCUUCUCAUGCAAGCAUGGAAAUUGGGCCCUGCUUUGGCUAUGGGAAAUACUGUUGUUAUGAAAGUUGCUGAACAAACCCCUCUGUCUGCACUCCAUGUUGCUAGUCUUAUUAAGGAGGCUGGAUUCCCGGAAGGUGUUGUUAAUAUCAUCCCAGGAAUGGGACCAACUGCUGGACACGCUAUUUCUAGUCAUCCUGGUAUCGACAAAGUUGCGUUCACUGGAUCAACUGAAGUAGGUAGACUCGUAAUGAAAGCUGCCGCCGAGAGCAACAUCAAGAAAGUUACUCUUGAACUAGGAGGAAAAAGUCCCAAUAUUAUCUUCGCAGAUGCUGAUGUUGCUCAAGCCGCUCAACAGGCUCACCAUGGAUUGUUCUUCAAUCAAGGUCAAUGCUGUUGUGCUGGAUCUCGUACUUUCGUUGAAGGAAAGAUCUAUGAUGAAUUUGUUGCACGCUCUAAAGAACUCGCUGAAAAGAUGGUCAUUGGAGACCCAUUCGACUUAAAGACAACUCACGGUCCUCAAGUUGAUCAAAAUCAAGUCAAAACCGUUUUGCGUUACAUUGAGCAAGGAAAGAAGGAAGGCGCACAGUUGGUCACUGGUGGAGACACAUGGGGCUCAGAAGGAAACUUCGUCAAGCCAACUGUUUUUGCUAACGUGCAUGAUCAAAUGACCAUUGCCCAGGAAGAAAUCUUUGGACCUGUGAUGAGUAUCAUUCGUUUUGAUACCACUGAUGAUCUCAUUGAGAAAGCCAAUAAUACUAUUUAUGGAUUAGCUGCUGCUGUUGUCACUAAGGACUUAGACAAGGCCUUGCACGUAGCUAACAACAUUAGAGCUGGUUCCGUUUGGGUUAAUUGUUACGACGUAUUCGAUGCUGCUGCACCUUUCGGUGGUUACAAGCAGUCUGGAAUCGGCCGCGAACUCGGAGAAUACGGACUUGAGGCGUACACUGAAGUGAAGACCGUCACCAUUAAAGUCCCUCAAAAGAAUUCUUAA